AUGGCAGAGAGUAAAAAUUCACCUCAAUUAUCUAAAGAGAGUAUCAAGCAGCUGUAAAUAGACUGGGAGGACUUUAAUUAUCCUCCUUAUCUAAAUUUAUUCCAUUAUAAUAUGAACGAAAUAAAAGAUGAAUAAGAAAGAAAAGUUGUAAAAUAUAUUAGUGCAUCUUUCUAUCUUUCUCUCUUCUCUCUUGCUAUUAAUUUUACUAAUGCUAUUGCGUGUACAAUUGGAGGAGAUGAUACGGGAAGGAUAAUUAUUUAUUCUUUUUUUCACUUUACAAUAUUCUCUCCUAUUUCUCUAUACGUUUUCUAUCAUGGAUACAAGUCAAUUACAUCUGACAAAUCAUAAAUACAAAAUUAUCUGUGGGAACAGCUCUUCUGUGCCAUUUGCUAUUUUAUUUUUUCAAUCGUGAAAGGUGGAGCAUUUGAUGGUUUCAUUAAGGCUAGCUAUCUUUUCAACAUAAACCUUAGGUUUUAGGCUAUUCUUUCCCUUGCAGAAUCUAUAAGUUAUCUAUGCAAUUCGAUCUACUCAUUGUAUAUAAUAUACUAAGUGAAGAAACUACAAAAUUAGUAAGCUAUCAAUUAAGAAAAGUUUUAAUCAAAUAAUGAGCUUCAAGUCUGA